AUGCAUUGCCAUUUUAGCUAUUGCCAAACCCGAAACCUCGAAAACCCCAUCGCCACGCUCCAACUAUGUGUGGGACGCCACUGCCUGAUUUUCCAAAUCCUCCUUGCCACUUUAAUCCCUGAAUCGCUCGUAAACUUCCUCGGUAACCCUUCUUACAUAUUUGUUGGGGUCGGGAUUGAGAAUGAUGUCGAGAAACUUAGGAAGGAUUAUGGCGUGGAGGUUGCGAAGACGGUGGAUUUAAGGACGCUGGCUACGGAUGUGUACGGUGUGAGGGAGUUUAAGAAGGCUGGGUUGUUGCAACUGGCGAGGAUAGUUCUUGGGAAGGAGAUAAACAAGCCGAAGAGUGUUACGAUGAGUAGAUGGGAUGAUCAGUGUCUCACUUUGUUGCAGGUACAGUAUGCCUCUGUUGAUGCGUUCUUGAGUUUUCAGAUAGGGAUGAUCUUGAUUAAUGGGAAUCAUAACUGAGUGAAGGUUGCAAUCUAUGAUCACAAAAUUUGCGUUGUUAAUAUUUAGUGUUUGAUGCGACUGU